AUGAAGGAUGCCCUUCAGGACGCCUGUGACCAACGGUCUACAUCCCUCGCUGCGGCGGCUGCGGCGGGGGGCCCCAUGCAAGUGCGCGGCGCUGGUGCGCCCACGCGCGAUCAGCUCCUGCGGUGCCCCAACAACUACCUCACGAACAAGGACUGGACUGCGCUCGAGAACCCUCAAGGCACCUGCGAGGAGCGCGAUGAGAUCGUCGUGAGCAGGCUCGGCUCGGUUGGCGUUCGCCGCGCGAACGAGGACGGGCUGAUCAAGUGGGUCAUGUGCCUCCUCAUUGACAUCGAGCAGCGGCUCCACGGGCACUGGCAGCCGUACAACGACAUCUACAAGAGGGUGGAGCGCGUGAAGUCGUUGUUCACCAACCAGCAGCCUUGUGUGGGCACGUGCACCGACAGGUUCCCCGACGACCCCGUCGGCACGCACUUGAUGAGUUUCUACUCGGCGGCAGAUCCUCCGAUCGCGACGGCCAACCACCCGUGCGCGCGCAUCAGCCAGCACGUGCCGUUGCGUAGCACCAGCAAGCUGCUCAAGACAGAUGACCGCAUGAAUAAUGCAGAUCGGUCCGACCCAAUGCAGCAAGCGCUUGCCACCUGCGUGCAGGCGGUCAGAGCGGCCUCCGCUGCAGCUGCAGCUCCUGGCAAUGACCUGAACCCCACGUACGUGGGCAAGUACGCGCACUUGUCGCCCUCGGGGUCAUCGCAGUGGUCGCGCCGUGGAGACUGGGACCUCCAGCAGUCAUGGGAUUCGUGGGCGAGCGAGCCCUGGUCGGGGAGCAGCAAGGUGCUGCACCAGCCGCGAAGAAAAAGGCCCGCUGCAGCGGCCCUGCAGGGCGAGGCGAAGACGAUCAAGUACACGAUCAAGUGGGAGAAGGCCGGCAAGAAGAGCACCAAGAACGCCUUCGCGUCGAGGCACUACGGCAGGGCCACGAAAAGGGCGAAGGAGCAGUUCCCUGGCAUCAGCGAGCUCGACCUGAAGGCGACCAUGCAGAAGGUCUACAGGGACGCGGCGGCGCUCUGGUCCAAGCACAUGGGCUGA